AAAAUAAUAAGUAGGCUAUAAUUUAGUAUAAUUUCAAUAUGGAUGUCUUUUUAAUGAUUCGGCGAAAAAAGUUAACCAUCUUUACAGACGCCAAAGACACUACGACUGUUCUAGAGUUGAAGAAAAUGAUAGAAGGCAUACUAAAGGUGCCCCCACCAAGUCAGAUGUUAUUCAACAAGGAUAGUCAACUUAUGGAGGAUGAGAAGACUCUUGCGGAAUAUGGACUUACAUCGGCCACAGCUAAAGCUCAAUCACCUGCACCUAUCGGACUGGCACUAAGGAAAGAAAACGGAGAAUUUGAAGCCCUGGAUCUGACCCCGUACUCAGCACCACCUGAUCUACCUGAUGUUAUGAAGUCACAGGAAACUAAUGGUCAAGAACAGAUGGAUCAACACUAAACAGCUCGGCAACGUCUCGGACUCCAACACUAACAACGUAUCGACUGUACUAAAGUAAUAUUCAAAGUUCCGGCGCAGACAUCGUCGCCACAUCGUGACUCACUCGAUACAAUUUGCAUCAACAUAUUUUGUUAAUGUUUUAUCAAUUAAUUUGUGUUCGAUUUUAACACGAUUCUACACAGUU